AUGGCAGCUACGAUGGCAAGUGCGGAGGGAGGGAACAACAGGCAACUUCAUAUUCCCAAAUCUAGUUCUUGUACAGGAAAGGAACCAAUUGAUCAUGUUGUCCUUCCCGAGGAGGAAGAAGCAAUCAAUCUUGUCGUCCUUCCCGAGGAGGAAGAAGCAAUGUGCAGGCCGCCUCUUAAUGUAACACCGCCACCUUCUUACUCCUCCCGGGUGAGAGACAAAAUUGAGCUGACUGAUGAGGAGAGGCUGCUAUUCGACUUUCUCCGUCAGGUUACCCUCCAUUUUGAUCUCCACACUGAAAUCCGUAUUGCCGGCGUCUGGGUUCGUGAUAAGCUUCUAGACAGAAAGUGUUCUGACAUCGAAGAUGUUGCUCUGGACAACAUGAGGGGUAAAGAAUUUUGUGAAAAAAUCAAUAAGUUUUUUUCUUCUUGUGGGGAAGGAGCGCUGAAAAUUAUACUCAUCCAAAGCAAAUCCUUCCAAUGUUUGGAGACAGCGACGAUGUUCUUGUUUGACAUGCGCGUUGAUUUUGUCAAGUUAAGAUCGGAGGACUACACUGAGACUUGCGGUAGCAGCCGCGUUCUUGGGGUGAAAUUGGAAGAGGACGCAUAUCUAAGUGAUCUUACCAUUAACAGCUUGUUCUACAACAUCAACACCACUUCAGUUGAAGAUUUUACUGGAAAAGAUGAAGAGCUACGAGCUGCAUUAAUGGAUAGCAAAGUGAAAGCUGCCAUCAAAUGUCGAUUCAGGAGAAACGUUAUUUUGAAGGGAAACGUAUUGUUAUUUUGGGAUGUCUUCAAUGUUUGUCCGCUUCGUUUUCGUGGUACUGUUGUGCCUCCAAUUGAUGAUGGGUGUGAUAGGCUUUGUGCCGCUUACAUGGAUAAUGCAUGGCGACUAAUGCAACGAGUUGGAUUCUCUACCUUCAGUCCUGCGCAAGCUGAAGCAAACUACAAGUAUGUGGGGCAUGCUGGAUUGGAGGAGGAAGUCGUCCGGAAAACCACCGGGCCUUCGAAGGAUGUUCUGAAAUGA